CCUUCCGAGUCGACUCGCGUGUAAACAUCGGAACCGGGUUGGAUCUGGAUUUCCUCUCGGUGCGACCACCCGCUGCUGCCCGGCCCCCGGUGCCCUCAGCCCGGCCUGAACCGGUGCGACCACCCGCUGCUCCCGGUCCCUGAGGCCCUUAUCCCAGCCUGAGGCGGCCCGAACUCCCGCUGCUGCCCGGCCCACGGUGCCCUCAGGUCGGCUUGAGGCGGUGCGACCACCCGGUCCCUGAGGCCCUCAGCCCGGCUCCGAACCGACCCGACCUCCCGCUCCUCCCCGGCCCCUGAGGCCCUCCGCCCGGUCCCUGAACCGGCCCGACCACCCGCUCCUGCCCGGACCACGGUGCCCUCACCUCGGCCUGAACCGGUUCGAACUCCCGCUGCACCCCGGCCCCCGGUGCCCUCAGCCCGGCCUGAACCGGCCCGACCACCCGCUCCUCCCCGGCCCACGGUGCCCUCAGCCCGGUCCCUGAACCGGCCCGACCCCCUGCUCCUCCCCGGCCCUCCGCGCCCUCCUCCCGGCCCCAGAUGGAGCACCUGCCCCCGGAGGUGUGGGUGCACGUCUUCAGCUUCCUGUCCCUGGAGGAGCGGCACACGGUGCGCCGCUGCUGCCGCUGCCUGCGCCGGCUCAUCGACCACGGCUCCCUCUGGCGGCAGCACGCGGUGGUGCUGUCCGACCUGCGGCGCUACACCUACGGAUUCUGGGACACGCUGCGCCACCGGAAGCUGACCAGGGUGUCCGUGCGCCACCUGCGGCGGAAGGAGUGGCGGCGGCUGGUCCGCUUCCUGCCGUCGCUCACCGCCAUCGUGUUCGUGGACGGAGGCCGCUUGUACCGGGAGCGGUACCUGGACCAGCUGGCCCGGUUCCCGGAGCUGCGGGACCUGGGGGUGCGGAACGCGGCGUGGGACGAGGCGCUGCUCGGCCGCUGCGUGAGCGAGCAGCUGCGGGAGCGACUCACGCACCUGAGCGUGUGCAACGUGCGGCUCCCGUGCACCGACACGUUCAUCAGCACCGUGUCGCGCCUGGUCAACCUGCAGUACCUGCUGUUCCACCAGCAGGGGGAGGGCUACGGGCUGGACACCGUGCGGCCGGUGCCCCGGGUGGGGUUCCACCGGAUGCUGCGGAGCCUCAGCAAGCUGCGGCACCUGUCCUGGGGGAUGAGGGGCGAGCCCCCCGAGCCGCUGCCCGACGACUACCUGAGCCCCCUGGACCCAGGAUCGAACCGGUAUUGCGGCCCGGCACUCGUCAACCUGGAGCUGGUGGAUUACCCAGAAACCCUCCUGCCGGAGAACGCCCUGAGGAGCCUGACCUCGCUGCGCUCGCUGACGGUUCGCUACCGCUACAUCAGAGAGGGGAUCACGUGCCGCCUGCCGUCCUGGCUCAGUCCGCUGCAGCAGCUGGAGACGCUCAAGAUCAUCGGUGGAAACUCUCUCGCCACGUACACGACCUCCAUCCCGUCCAGCGUGACCCGGCUGAUGCUGCGUGUGGCCAUCACUCUGAAGGACAUGGACUCCAUCGCCCCGAAGGUGCCGGCGCUCGAGCACCUGGACAUCGAGCAGAACCGCUCCAGCGGCAGCCUCUGCAGGCGGAUCCCCAUGCUGUUCCCUCAGCUGCGGACGCUCCGGAUCCGGUUCUUCCGCCGAGAGCCGGAGAAAGACCUGCUGAGCCUCCACCGGCUGCGGCACCUGGAGCAGCUGGAGCUGCUGGUGGAGCGCUCCUACAUCCUCAGGGACUACCUGAACGGCCACCCCUGGCCCAGCCCCUGCGUGCAGGCGCUGAUCGACCAGCUGCGCGAGCUGUCGGAGAACCGGAUCACCGUGAUCACCACCAUGCGCCAGAGGAACCCUCUACGGGAGUGUGACUGUGUGUGGGAGGGGGACUGAGGAGCGGGGGGGGGGAAACUGGGAAAUCAGUUUUUAUUCUCCUGAAGCGAGAGGAGGACGGAGUCGGGGACAAAGGAGAAAAACGUCUGUCGCCUGUUUUCUUUUGGAGGAAAGGGUUUGAAGACGGAGACGUAGAGAAAGUCGUCAGAUGUUAGAAUCAUGUGAUUAUCAAUGGAACUGAAGAUUAGAGCAAACUUGGGCCUCAACACAUCAGGAGGAUGAAACCCUGGCGACUCUGAGCAAACCAGCAAAGGGAAGUCUGAUGGAGGAGGAGAUCCAGAGAGCGGAGGAUGACUCAGCUCAGACUGAAAUAUAAUAAUCAAAUAUCAGUUGAACAGCAGGAACCAAACGAGUCCGGGAGCUGGAGCUGGGUUUUGUUUCUGGUUCCACAACAGAUCCAGUUGUUUGCAAACUAACCAACAUUCAUUCAGCUCCAUCACUUCAUCAUCAUCUAACGUGUGAAUAAUCAGGUGUUAAAGUCAAAUGCUAUUUCACUCUGAUCCAUAAUCAUCAUUUCAGCGGAUCACAGCCUUAGUUUCUUACAACUAUCCACAGAUGCGUCAUAAAUAUAAUGUGUAGAUGCAGCUUCAUCAGUAUUUGUCACAAUUAUGUGAACUCAUUAUUUCUUUCCUUUGGUGAAUGAAUGCACUAUCAUAGUAUAUCAUGUUGUUUCUCACAUUGUUCAAAGAGAAAGGAAAAGUAAAGCCCAGAGAAGAAGCCGAGCACAAACACAGAAACACCACGUCUAAAGUUAAACUGAAAUUACUAAUUUGACCUUUUAAUUUCUAGUUUUUUUUUAGUUUUAAUCUUAUUUCAUCACAAUUUACAGAAAGAAUGAAUAUUUAUUUGUUUCUGUGCAGCUGCAGCGACAGGAAACUUAAAUCUGCAGAUAAAAAAAAUCCUGUGUAUGAUUUCAUUGUUCAGUUUUUCAAGUUUAUCAGGUCACAACAUCAAGUAGAAGUGUGUGUAUGCUGAAAAUAAAAUAUAUA